UCCGAGAUGUGACGUUUUCCAGGAACAUGGCGGUUUGGAGGUGCGGUGUUUCUUGAUAGGGUUUUUUGCUUUUUGAUAAGUGAUCUUUAGCUGUGAAUAUUUUAAUGUUCUAAAGACAUACAGUACUAGUACGAUGGGCCGGGAAAGGUAAUCGACCGAUUUGUCUGUAUGGACAGACGAAACGAGCUGUUUGCUGUCGUCAGCUAAAACUGUUAGCAUUUACAUGCUAAUCGAAGCUAGCAGGCUCGGCGCUGAAAAGCCAAAAGAAAUGCUCGUUUGUGAAAUAAAUCACGCUAUCAAUGAUUAAAGCACUUUCGUCGACGUUAGCUUGGACAUUUGUAGACUAGGACGACGAUUCUGACCGGCUAAUGUUGAGUUAGCUGAGCUCGGAGGAUGGAGAGCCGACAUGGAUUUGUCUUGUUAUUAGCCGCUGGGCUUUUUCUGUCGGCGUGUGAAGCUGCUCCUGUUCACGAUCCUCACAGACCAGGUGGAAACAGAAAGGAAACCUUGUCGGCCUCUCUCUACCCGUCCUUACUGGUGUCAGUCACAGCACUUGUGGUCUUGGUGGUGCUGGUGGUGAACUGUGUGACCUGCUGCAAGGAAAGAGAGAUCAACUUCAAGGAGUUUGAGGACCACUUUGAUGAUGAGAUCGACUUCACUCCGCCAGCAGAGGACACACCCUCUAUGCAGUCCCCAGCCGAGGUGUACACUGUUGCCGUGUCCCCUGUGGCCCUGCCUGGACCACUACAUCUGCAGCCUCCUGCCAAUAUUACAGAGGGAUCCUCAGGCUUCCAAGUGGCACGCAACACUCUCAGUUACAUUCACGAGAUUGGCAACGGCUGGUUUGGCCAGGUAGGAUUUCCCCCCCUCCUCCAUUUCACUGGUAGGUGUUUCUGGCUUGGAUUGUGUUUGCAGGGGGAUUUGCGGGGUUAUGUGUCUAAGCAGGACUGGAUGCUCAGAAAUUCUGAAUUGUUGCUGCUGCAGAGGAUGGCCUGUGAAAUCGCUGCUGGUGUCACUCACCUUCAUAAACACAAUUUCUUGCACAGUGAUUUGGCUCUGAGGAAUUGUUACCUGACUGCGGACCUUACCGUCAAAGUUGGAGACUACGGAAUUGGACCCUACAGAUACAAAGAGGAUUACAUCAUCACAGAAGAUGAUAUAUUUGCACCCCUUCGCUGGUUGGCACCGGAGCUGGUGGGCGAGCGCCAUGGAGGUGUAAUUACUAUGGAGCAGACCAAACCUAGCAAUGUGUGGGCCUUGGGGGUUACAUUGUGGGAGCUCUUUGAAAAUGCUGCUCAGCCUUACCCACAUCUGUCUGAUAGAGAGGUUCUCAACCACGUUAUCAAGGAGCAACAAAUUAAACUUUUUAAGCCACAACUGGAACUUCCCUACUCUGACAGAUGGUAUGAGGUGCUACAGUUCUGCUGGCUGUCCCCAGACAAGCGGGCCACAGCUGAAGAAGUACACCGCUUGCUCAUCUACCUGCGAAUGCAAGGACAGAAAGACAUGGAGGAAGAUUUUGAACAGCGUUGGGAUGCUCUCAAGCCCAACCCUUCCACAAGGCAGACCACUGUUAGCCACUCCUCUUUCCCAAUUUUAGAACAGUUUGCAGAUGAUGCCCUGCGGCAAGAGAUCGAUGAAGUUCUUACAGUCACUGAAACUAGCAAAGGUCUUAGCUUUGAAUAUGUUUGGGAAGCGGCCAAACAAGAUCACUAUGACGGCAGCCACGGCCGCUCAGGCAUGGAUUCAACAUUGAACUACCACAGCAUGUUCUUCCCAGUUUCCACUGAAGACAUCCAGGCACAUUUUCCAGACCCUUUGGUCAGAACAGCUGGUAUAGAAGCUGCUAAUACACCUUCAGGAGUUCCUGGGAUUUUGCCAGUGUUAGAUGCUCAGAAGCCAACAAAUGACAGUGAGUACUACAUACAACUAGAAGAGAAAGGAGAGAAUGCUGUUGGAGAAAAUGAGAAUAGGAUACAAAAAUUGGAUUCAAGUGGCCAAGAAUUUGUUGUCCUCCAAGAUGUCCAUCUCGAUGAGUCAAGCACAGAUGCAGAUUUUUUCCACCAAAGCAUUGAUUCAAAGGAUUCCUUUCUACCAGAUAGCCACAUUUGGUCAUCACUAGAAAAUGACAGCCCGUACCACACCAACAUUUUCACAGAGGGGGAGUCCAAACAAGAGGACUCUCCAUUAUGGAGACAAAGCUUUAUGGAGCUUCCAGAACGCAACGGGAACUCUUUCCAUGAAGGUGCCUCAUUAGAUGUUCAGGGUGUUGAAGCAGAUAAAGGAUUAGUGGAUUCUUUUUUAGGGGAUUGUCCAGGAGCCACUCACCUGCAGGUCUCUGUGGAAGGGGAGAACUCAGAUGUGAUGAGGCUUCUGGACAGCAAGAAACUAGCCGACAACUUGAAUUUUUUGAAUGAGCAGUGUCUGUUAAAUGAUGGAUCUGGUUCAUCCCGUCCUCACCAGAGUUUCCUUUCACCUGGUGUAGCUCACGAACCAGAGGAAACAUUCAAAAUGAGUUCUUGGGACAACUUUGAAACUUCUGGCAGCUUAAAUGAAGCAGUAACUUUUGUAAAGCCCAUAAUAAGUAGCACAUCCUUCCAACAGGAACUUUUAGAUUCUUCAAAUAUCAGCUUGGAGGUCUUUACUCAGUCUCUGGCAGAAAAUGAAACACUGGUGCCUUCCAUUACAGUGGUCACAGAAGAUUACUCAAGCAACCAACUGCUGGUUAAAACUAAUUCUUCCACUGAAGACCUCGGUCUACUGCAUUCUUCGGACAGAGGUACAGACUCUGGUUUUGAUUCUACCUCAGAGAGGUUUGAGAUUAUUCAUCAAAUUGAUAGAAACACUUCUGCAUUCUCUGAAAGUGCCAGUAUGGACUCGUUGUGCACAGUUGCCAAAAUUCCCAGUUUGGGAGAUGAUUCUGGUGCAUCAAACACCAGUGUCCAGCCCACAGGAAGUAAAAUGACUGAUAACCUGGAAGUCUACCCGUUGUCCCUGGACGUUGACAUUAAUGAAGACUUGACAAACAAUGAUCUGUUGACUGAUUUAUUUGAGGAGGCAGAUGUAGAACUAGAAACCACUCUUUCUGACCAUGAAGAAUCCUUUAUCGAUACUAAUGGUUGUCCUCUUACCAAAUCUUCCCUUCUUGUUUCUGGGCCAUCUCUGGAUCAGAUCAGCCAGGACAGCCUAUUGGAAGACAGCAUGUCCACCACUCUAACAACUGUAGAUAACUCGGCUGAGACACCAGACUCUAUAGACUCUCUUGACAUCCAUAGGCUGGGAGAACAAGUUGAAGAGCUGAAAACUCAAAUUGUGCACGACAGACUUCAGCCCCCCUACAAGAUAUCAGACAGCGGAUAUGAAACUGAGAACCUGGAGUCUCCGGAGUGGAAUUCUCAGCCCAGUGUUGAGGACAGUUCCCCAGUGAAAAAUGGCAUGACUGUUGCUAAAGAAAAACAAGAGACCGGAGAGUUGACAGCAUCUACAAAUUUGGUUCCACCAGAAAUAAUCAUAUCGGAAGUAGAGGGUGCACUGGUUUUUCUGAAUGAGGACCCCAUUGAGGGUGAGCAGUCAGAUCAAGUAGUUCCUGCUGAUGAAGCACUCACAAGCGGCAAUUACAGAGACUCUGCAUACUUCUCAGACAACGAAUCAGAGCCUGAAAAGAAGUCUGAAGAAACCACUACUGCUGUUGAGGCUGUAUGGAUGAGAAGCUCCACUGAUCCAUUCAGCUGUGAUGUUAGUGAGCCGUCACAGGAUUUUAGUGUCAAUGUAGUUGAAACACAUGAGCAAGAAUCUUCACAAACUGCUGAAUCACAAGCUGCUGUUGUAGAGAUGCCUGUUCAUGUGGUAGAAACAUUGCCAGAAGCAGAUGUAGUUACUAUGGAGAACUGCAAAAUAGAGGUGAAACAGUGCAAUAGUGGUCACAGCGAGGAGGAAAAUAAAUGGGAUCUUUCCAGCAUUGGAACGUCUCCUGAACAACCAGUGUGCCAAACCUCACCCCAAGAUUUGGACCCUUCAAAGGCCCUCUCUUCAAAGGUGUUGCCAGAGAGCACACUUCAUGCAAAACUAACCAGGACCUAUGCCAGUGACUGUCUUCUUAAAAUUAAAGAACCAGACAUGGAGGGACGAUACCUGGGGAGGCGGGAUGCCUCUGUUAUAGAUCGGCAGGAGGAUGGCAUGGAUGCAGAUGAGGAGGACGAGAACAGCGAUGACUCGGAUGAUGACCUUUGUGGGUAUCAUCUGCACAGCAGCUCCGACAGCGAGGAUGACGUCGUUCAUGGGGUGCCGCUUAUUAUCUCAGACGACAGCAAAGCAAACAACCUGAAGAGCUUGUUGAAACCCACCACUCUGAACAUAGAUGCGUCAUCUCCAUUUCCUGUGAGGUCCAAUGCCGAUAACUCCACAAGAGCAGUGUCCUUCUUUGAUGAUGUCACUGUCUACCUGUUUGACCAGGAGACUCCCACAAAGGAACUAGGUGACCACUCCUCAGGGUCCAACAGCCAGGCACCAGAGCUCAGCAGCACAGUACCUGCUGCUAGCUACCUGAACCGAUUCACUAACUCUGAAAGCUCCACAGAUGAAGAAGGCGGUGGCUUUGAGUGGGACGAUGACUUCUCCUCGCAUACGCCUGCCUUCCUGCCCAGCACAGAUACAGACCUACUGUCUAAGGCCAAGUCCUCGUCUGCGGUGUCUUCUUUUUCGUCUCCACCCUCUACAGUUGGGCACGUGCUGGAGUCUAGUUGGGCUGGCUCCUCAAACUACUCCCGUUUCUCCAUCUCACCGGCCAGCAUUGCAAGCUUCUCCCUCACACAUCUUACAGAUUCUGACAUUGAACAAGGAGGAAGCGGUGAAGAUGGCGAGAAAGACUAGCGUGAUUCUUCACACCCCACUGAGAAAAGAACGAGCAUCCAAAGGGUUCAGGAGCAGCUGCGUGGAUGUUUCCUCUCAGGCACAACUGUUUAUCUUUAUACAGAGGAUGGCCAUGAGAACAAUGGCUAACGGCAAACAUGGCGGCACAGUCCCCCAUGUGAACCGCUUCACCAGCUACGUUAAUGCCCACUGGCGGGGGGAGGAAUCAGUGGGCCUAGCUUCUUAAUGAUCGCUUUAAAGACUUACAAAGCUCAUUCCAGGCGUUUUGCUUUUUCUGUGCAAUCAUUUAUCGGCACCAAAAACAAACUUUCUCAUUCUGCAGUCAUUGAACUCGCCGCAGCAGCUUGGCCAGCUUUUUUUUUUUUUUUUUUUUUUUUUUUUACUUUUUGCUAAUCAAAUGCAGAAGAUCUCAAGAAUAAUGUGCGAUGAUGACGAUUUGUUGCCUUUCUUUUUGUGUUUGUUUUUAUAUCUUUCUGGGUGUUUCUUCUGUAGCAUUUAAAUGGGAAGGAUUGAAUCAUAGGAAGUUCCAUCCAGGCAUAGGAUGACUGGACCUCAGCGAAUAAUCCACUCAUCUGUAGAGAUGACACGCUGUUUGUUCCUUCAUUUAUCAAAGGAACAUUAACAGGAAGUAGUGUCAUAUUUUGAGACAUUUUGUCAGUAUGGAUGGUUGGCAGCUCGAUCCUUCCAGGUGUUGGUCCACCUUGAAAGACGAGCAAGUGGAAAGCUCGGGUUUUAUAAAGCCUCAGUUCGUGCUUCAACGUGUAGAUAAAGGUGUUCUUUGUCUUCUGGCGG